AUGGCUAUCUCCAAGAAUUUACCAAUUUUGAAGAACCACUUCAGAAAGCACUGGCAAGAACGUGUCAAGGUGCACUUCGACCAAGCUGGUAAGAAGGAAUCCAGACGUUCUGCUAGAGUUGCUAAGGCUGCCAAGAUCGCUCCAAGACCAUUGGACCUAUUGAGACCAGUCGUUAGAGCUCCAACUGUCAAGUACAACAGAAAGGUCAGAGCUGGUAGAGGUUUCUCCUUGGCUGAAAUUAAGGCUGCUGGUUUGACUGCUGCUUACGCUAGAACCGUCGGUAUCGCUGUUGAUCACAGACGUCAAAACAGAAACCAAGAAACUUUCGACUUGAACGUCCAAAGAUUGAAGGAAUACCAAUCUAAGUUGAUUGUCUUCCCAAGAAAGGGUAAGGCUCCAGAAACUGAACAAGUUCUAUCUGUUGCCGCUACCUUCCCAAUUGCUCAAGCUUCUACUGAAAUUGAAACCAGAGCUGUUGAAGACAACGGUGAAUCUGCUUUCAGAACCUUGAGAUUGGCUAGAUCUGACAAGAAGUUCAAGGGUAUCAGAGAGAAGAGAGCCAGAGAGAAGGCUGAAGCUGAAGCUGAAAAGAAGAAAUAA